AUGGCCUGCCCGGCGGCGGCGCUGCUCCUGCCGCUCCUGCUCGGCUUCCUGGCGCCGGCGCGGGCCACCGACCCCUACGCCUUCUUCGACUGGGACGUCUCCUACGUCACCAGAUCCCCGCUCGGCGUCCCGCAGAAGGUGAUCGCGAUCAACAAGGAGUUCCCGGGCCCCGUCGUCAACGUCACCACAAACUACAACGUCGCCGUCAACGUCCUCAACAGCCUCGACGAGCCGCUCUUAAUCACCUGGGACGGCAUCCAGCAGCGGAAGAACUGCUGGCAGGACGGCGUGCUGGGCACCAACUGCCCCAUCCCGCCGGGCUGGAACUGGACCUACAACUUCCAGGUCAAGGACCAGAUCGGCAGCUUCUUCUACUUCCCGCCGCUCUCCAUGCAGCGCGCCGCGGGCGGCUUCGGUGGCAUCACCGUCAACAACCGCGCCGUCAUCUCCGUUCCCUUCGACACCCCCGACGGCGACAUCAGGCUCUUCAUCGGCGACUGGUACAAGAAGAACCACACGGACCUCAGGAAGAUGCUCGAUGACGGGAAGGAGCUCGGGAUGCCUGACGGUGUUCUGAUGAACGGCAAGGGGCCGUAUCGGUACAAUGACUCCCUUGUCCCCGCUGGGAUCGAGUACGAGACCAUCGAUGUUGAGCCAGGCAAAACGUACCGCUUCAGAGUCCACAACGUGGGCAUCUCCACCAGCUUGAACCUGAGGAUCCAGGGCCACAACAUGGCCAUGGUCGAGACAGAGGGCUCCUAUACGAUGAAGCAGAAUUUCACCAACCUCGACAUCCACGUGGGGCAGUCCUACUCCUUUCUGGGCAAGGCGUCUGGUCCACUCCCUGAUCCGCCGAAUGAUGAGUACGACAAAACCUUCUCCAUGAACCAGGCACGGUCAAUCAGGAUGAACGUGACCACUGGUGCUGCUCGCCCGAAUCCUCAAGGAUCAUUUCACUAUGGCCAAAUCAACGUGACCCAAGUGUACAAGCUGAGGAACAUGCCACCUGUUACCAUCAAUGGCAAAAAGCGGACUACGCUGAAUGGCAUCUCUUACUCCCCGCCUGCUACUCCAUUGAGGCUUGCGGAUCUCUAUGACAAGAAAGAAGUCUACACACUCGACUUCCCAACCAUGCCGUCUGAUGGACCGCCGGUUAUCGGGUCUUCUGUCAUCAACUCGACGUACAAGAACUUCAUGGAGAUUGUGUUUCAGAACAACGACACAAAGGUUCAGACCUACCACAUCGACGGAUACGCCUUCUGGGUCGUAGGAAUGGACUACGGUGAGUGGACCGACAACAGCCGUGGGACAUACAACAAGUGGGAUGGUGUUUCCCGUUGCACCACUCAGGUGUUUCCCGGAGCAUGGACCGCCGUCUUGUUGUCGCUCGACAGCCCGGGGUUCUGGAACGUGCGCACGGAGAACCUGGACACGUGGUACCUCGGCCAGGAGACGUACAUCAGGGUGGUGGAUCCUGACGGAGGCUACAACGUGACCGAGUCGGUGUUGCCGGACAACGCCCUCUUCUGUGGCCUCCUCAGGGAAAAGCAGAAGGCUCAGAAGCCGCACGGGUCGUUGUCGAGCUCGGCGUCCCCUGCGCUAAAACAGAGUGGCUACCUGCUGCCAUUCUUGGUGUCGCUGGUCGCGUUGUUGGUCAUGGGACACUGA